CUCAAAUCAGACAUACAGGGUUAACAGAUUCUUCAACUCCAUUUGUACGCCAUAUGUCUACCAGGAGAUGUGCCUUUCCGACUCAGUGGGUAAACGAACGGACUAUAUUGCGAAGCGAUAUGGCCAGCACGUUCUUAUGCUACGUGUAUUCAUGAUAAUGGACGUUGGUACAGAUAAGGAUAUAGUGGAUCAAGUGGCGGCGCUGGCAUUACUUUGUCCAAAGGUUCAGGGAAUCGCGCUAUAUUACUCUGAUCCUCUCAAGUUCGGUCAUAAUGACUUCCCCAUCGAUCAGAUUUUGCCUAGUAUAAUACAAAGCAACGAGCUGAGGAGCCUCGGUAUCCAUCUCAAAUACCCCAACAAUUCCUGGCCAAUGGAAAUACCUGUUAUCGACAAACAUAUGGAGAUAAUUGGAUCGUCUGGGGUGGUUAAUUGCUUUAAAGAUCUGAACAUCUCAGUAUCGAUAGUUACCGGAGAA